AUGAAAGGCUCCCGUUCUGAUACCACCAGCCGGAGGAGAGGCAGCAGCAGCGGGGCAGCCAGGCUCCUCUACCCGCUGCUCGGUGCGUGUCUCUGGGCUGCAGUGGUCGCAUAUAAGCCGGUGAUCAUUGUGCACGGUCUCUUCGACAGCUCAGGGGAUUUUAAACACUUGCUGACCUUCAUUAACGAGUCUCACCCUGGAACGAAUGUGACGGUCAUAGACUUGUUCGACAGGAGCGCCAGCCUGCAGCCCAUGUGGAAGCAGGUGGAGGGAUUCAAAGAAGCUAUUUACCCGAUAAUGCAAAACGCAGCAGAAGGAGUCCACUUUAUCUGCUACUCUCAAGGUGGGCUGAUUUGCAGGGGGAUCCUUUCCACUCUGCCCAACCACAACGUUCACACCUUCAUCUCGCUGUCGUCACCUCAAGCCGGGCAGUACGGAGACACGGACUACUUGAAGUACCUUUUCCCUCAGUUCAUGAAGUCCAACCUGUAUCACCUCUGCUACACUGGGAUAGGACAGAGGAUAUCCAUCUGCAACUACUGGAACGACCCCCACCACAGAGACCUGUACCUGAACAGCAGUGAUUAUUUGGCUCUGCUCAACAGUGAGAGACCAAAUCCAAAUUCAACAGAGUGGAAGAAAAACUUCCUCAAAAUCACAAAGCUGGUGUUGAUCGGUGGCCCAGACGACGGAGUCAUCACUCCCUGGCAGUCGAGUCAGUUUGGAUUUUAUGACGACAACGAGACCGUUGUUGAGAUCCAGAACCAAGACCUCUACUUGAGAGACGUCUUUGGUCUGAAGACGCUGGCGGCUCGAGGAGAUCUGAUCUUGUGUUCUGUUCCCGGCGUGGAACACAUCUACUGGCACUCGAAUGAGACUGUGUUCCACCUGUGUAUGGAGAAAUGGCUGGAGUAGAACCAAACUCUUACAAUACACACACACACACACACACACACACACACAGCAUCAGAUCGGAUAAGCUCUCGACUUCUUCUGCCUCGACAACUACUGUAAAGUUUACUCGAACAUUUCUGGAUUUUCUCUCGAGAGCGUUAUAUCUUUUUUUUUUUUUUUUU